UCUCCGGUUGCGCGGCUCGGUCGGGACGCGGCUCGUUGUGCUGUUCGAGCGCUGGGAGGUUAUACGGGAGACGAGCAGGCAACUCCUCAGCCAGCAGGAUGUUGGUGUUACAAAGCUACUGUGAGGGGAACGAGUCUUUGACCCAGGCAUGGGCUCAGCAGGGGAUACACCCCUGUUUCUACUUCACACUGGUGCCUUCAGUGCUGCUCAGUGUCUGUCUCCUGUUGGGUGCUCUGCAGUACGCCUGUUACGCCCGGUUCAGCCGCACUAUGGAGCCAAAGUAUAUCCCACGUUCCCGCCUGUACCACAUCCAAGUCCUCUUCUCCUUGCUACUUGCGCUGCUGCCCUUUGUUGCUUUCUUGUGGCAAGCACUAGGCAUGUGGCAACUCUAUGGCUAUGCAGUGCUGUACACCUGCCUUUCCGCCAUAAGCUGGGCUUGUUCCAUUGGGCUGUUGCACCUAGAACGCACCAGAGUGAUGGUGCAGGACCGGAUCAGAGGCCAUGGAGCUAUCCUGCUCUUUUUCUGGGCUCUGGCCUUUGCUGCUGAGAAUCUGGCCUUCAUCUCCUGGAACAGCCCUCUCUGGUGGUGGGGUUUAGAGGACACCAACCAAAAGGUACAGUUCAGCCUCUGGUUACUGCGCUACAUUUGCACCUUCACCCUCUUCACUUUGGGGAUAAAGGCCCCUGGGCUGCCCCGAAAGCCGUACAUGCUGCUUAUUAAUGAGGAUGAACGCGAUGUGGAGAACAGACAGCCUCUGCUUCCAGAUGGUAGAGAGAAUCGAUCCACUUGGAAGGAUUUUGGCCGGAAAAUACGUCUGCUUUCCCUGUACCUCUGGCCAAAAGGGAACUGCCCGCUGCAGUGCCUGGUAGUAUUCUGCAUGACGCUUAUGGGGAUGGAUCGUGUCAUCAAUGUUUUUGUGCCCAUCUACUACAAGAAAAUUGUGAACGAGCUCACAGAAGGGGCUACUUGGCAUAUGCUGGUCCAGACUGUUUUCAUCUUCUCAACCCUCAAGUUCCUCCAGGGAGGAGGUGCUGGCUCUACUGGUUUUGUUAGCAACUUGCGUACCUUCCUCUGGAUUCGGGUGCAGCAGUUUACUAACCGUGAAGUCCAGGUGAAGCUCUUCAGGCACCUUCAUGGUCUUUCCCUUCGCUGGCACCUGGGGCGCAAGACGGGCGAGGUGUUGCGCAGCGUUGAUAGGGGCACUAGCAGCAUCAACAACCUGCUCAGCUACAUCGUAUUCAGCAUCUUCCCCACUGUAGCUGAUAUCAUCAUCGCUAUUGUGUAUUUCACGACAAUCUUCAGCGCCUGGUUCGGCCUCAUCAUCUUCAUCUGUAUGGUCCUGUAUCUCACCCUGACCAUCUUAAUCACUGAGUGGCGGACAAAAUAUCGCCGUGACAUGAAUACUCUUGACAACCAGGCUAAAUCUCGAGCUCUUGAUUCCCUUCUCAACUUUGAGACGGUAAAAUAUUUCAAUGCAGAGAAUUAUGAAGCUAACCGCUUCAAUGAUGCCAUCCUCAAAUACCAGGUAUCGGAAUGGAAAGUCAAUGCAUCUCUGGGAUUGUUGAACCAAACCCAGAACAUGGUGAUCAGUGCAGGGCUGUUGAUUGGCUCCUUACUCUGUGCCAACUAUGUGUCUGUGAAGAAGCUCCAGGUGGGCGAUUAUGUUCUCUUUGGCACGUAUAUCAUCCAGCUGUACACCCCACUCAACUGGUUUGGCACCUACUACAGAAUGAUCCAGGCUUCAUUUAUUGACAUGGAGAACAUGUUUGAGCUCUUCAAUGAGGAGCAGGAGGUGAUAGAUGAGCCAGGUGCUGCAGAUCUUCGGUUUAUGUCAGGACGCGUGGAGUUUGAGAAUGUUCACUUCGGCUAUGUGGAUGGGCGUGAAGUCCUGCAUGAUAUUUCUUUCACAGUGAUGCCUGGACAAACCCUGGCACUGGUUGGAGCUUCUGGCUCAGGAAAAAGCACUGUCAUUCGUCUGCUGUUCCGCUUCUAUGAUGUGUGGGGAGGCUGCAUCCGAAUUGAUGGUCAGGACAUAUCCAAGGUGAAGCAGACCUCAUUGCGUGCCUGCAUUGGUGUGGUGUCCCAAGACAUCGUUCUCUUUAAUGACACCAUUCGCGAAAACAUCCGCUAUGGACGUGUUGAUGCCACCAAUGAAGAGGUGACAGAGGCAGCAAUGACAGCAAAUAUCCACGAGCGUAUUAUUUCCUUCCCUGAUGGUUAUGAGACACAAGUUGGUGAGCGAGGUCUUAAGUUGAGUGGUGGGGAGAAGCAGCGAGUCGCUAUUGCCCGCACCAUUUUGAAGAACCCCAAAAUCAUCCUCUUUGAUGAGGCGACCUCAGCGCUGGACACUAAGACUGAAAGAAACAUCCACACAUGCCUGGCCAAAGUGUGUGCAGACCGCACCACCAUUAUUGUAGCUCACAGAUUGUCCACUGUGAUUAAGGCUGAUCAUAUCCUGGUCCUCAAGAAUGGCCGAGUGAUAGAGCGAGGAAGGCAUGAGGAACUGCUGGAAAAGGGCGGCCUGUACACCGAUAUGUGGGCGCAACAAGGGAGCAAUUAUGCCGACAUCUCAGAGGUGGAGAGCAAGUAUAAUAUCCUUUCACAAGCAGCCUCUACAAAGAGUGCAGUCAGUGUUGCAUCAAAUGCAAGCUCUGCAAAGAGUGCAGUCAGUGGUGCAUCAAAUGCAGGCUCCGCAAAGACUGCAGUCAGUGGUGCAUCGAAUGUAAGCUCUGCAAAGAGUGCAGGCAGUGGUGCAUCAAAUGCAAGCGCUGCAAAGAGCACAGCCACUGCCUCAUCAAAAGCAACCAGCAUGAAGACUCUCAGUGAUGAGUCAAGGGGAAGCGGUAGCAAGAGAAGCUCUGCCAGUGCUUCAACGGCGACGAGCAGCAAGAACACCACUGCUACCGGCUCUGAGGAUUAGUCAAGAUCCAGGAAGGAAUUGCUGAAGGAGAGAGCAGCAGCUUCUGCUUCUGCAGGAUGUGUUCUUAAACCAAAGAAGUAGCUGUCAUCUCUGCCAGCAUAACUUGUGAACUUCUACAGCAUAGUGCUGGAGUUCACACCACCCAAAAAAUCCUGGGGAAUGCUGGACCGUAUGUACACUGCAGAGUACCUGUAGCACUGGAGCAACAUGCACUGGGUGUGGUAUACUCUGCAAGGCUAUCAGUGAUCUAGGUACAGUAUCAGUGACUGGCAAGGGGCAAGCUGGAACUGGAUAGAUCCCAUAGAUCAGAAUGGGUUCCAGGGGCACUUUGCCUUAACUAUGCUCAUUGGUGUUUUUCCUUGGAAAGCUGAGUGAAAUGGGGUAAGGCAGAGAGAGAUACAUACAUGCUGCCAGAACUGUGCAUCUAUAACCCCAGAGGGAGUUUUGGGACAUGAUUAUUUUUUGUAGUUCCUGAUUUUGAAGGUCUGUUUUAAAAUUCAUAAACAUUCAGUGUUUGAGA